CUAUAUGGGUCCAGUAUGAUUUAAAACAUCUUCAGAAGCCUUGACCUUGCCUGGUGAGCGCCCUCUUGAUACUUCCAUUAGUGGAGCUGGCCUAAGACAAGGUGGUGCUUCUUCAUGGUUUUAUUGGGUGGUUCUUUUGGCUUUAUGAUAGGCAAGGGAGUAAGAGACAAUAAUGCACUUCAUUAUCUAAUGGGUCCAUCUUAUUUACCACCUGGGCUCUUCACACUUCCUUUGCUUCCAUUUAAAGAGCUGUCUGAGAAAAGUGUGCCAUAGUUUCAAGCACCCAUUAGUGUUUUUUGAGCUUUUCGGCUUUAAUGACACCAAAGGGUAGAGACUAGAGAGUGAUUAAGCAAUAGGCUCUGAAAUUCAGUUUCUUGGGUUUUGGGCAAAGAGAAGAAAAGAAAGGAAACCCACUUCUCCUUCCCACCUGAUUCAAUGCAGAAAAAUGAGAGUAGCCCUUCCUGAAACCAUCUUUCUUUAUUUCUUGUGUCUGAGAAAGUUUGAACUUAUUGCUUGGAGGAGGAAGAAAGGGGAAAUUUCAAUUGCUCCCCAACAGACCCUUUUCUUGAUUUUGCUCUCUUAUGAAGGGGAGGCAGCCAUUGUCCUGUGAGGAAACUUUACUCUGGUCUGGCUUGUUUUGGAUCCUCUGAGGAAGCAUCCUAUACAGAUUUAAUCACUACAAAACAAAGCAACUUUAUUGCCUAUUGGGGUUGGGGAAAGAGAAAAGGAAAAGCAAAACAAAACCGUAUGACUUGGCAAUUUCUGGUUCUGCGAAUUGCUUGAGGAGCAACAUAACAUGGGGUGUUAUAAAAGAUGAUUCUUCUGUUUGUGAAGUGUAGGUUGUGUGGAGGAAAUCCUCUUGUCCGCCAUUUUGGAGAUAGCAACUCCUCUUCUUCAAGUUGAUGGUGAGGUACUUGAAACUCCAACUUGGGCUUGUUGAAGGUCUUCUGUCAAUAAGAGAGGGAUCUUUCUAAUUUCUGACAUGACCGAGCGAAGUAUGUUUCAUGAUGCUGAAAGUAUGUUUGGCCGAAACUGUGCUAUCCCAUAUGAAAUUUCAACCAAAUCGGCCUCAAACUCUCUUGUCCAGACGGAUGCAUUCACUAACAUGGCUGGUUUUCCAGUAACUCCAACCCUGCAAGGACAGCCUAUCAGUGACCUCCAAGGCCAGUUCCAUGUUAAUCCUGAUCUUUCGAUCUCGUCUCUCGGAAGAAAUUUCAUUGGAAACUCCUCUCACAGAUCUUCAGUCCAAGAGUUUCCUGCGGAUAUGCCAAUCCCAGCUUCUGCUUUGGCGACCUUUUUAAAUGCGAGACAUGAAAACUCGUCAUUGAAUCUCAUUGAAGCUUCUAGUUCUUCAUUCGGGACUUGUGGAUAUGAAGAUAUAGCCGGACCGAGUAAGUGGGAUUUCUACAAAAAUAAUGUCCCUGCUCCUGAGCUCGGGACCAGAGCCUGCACUUUCCCAGGAAAUUUGGAUCCAAAUGGGUGGUGGGUAUCAUCAGAAGGCAUGAAUAUUAGACCAGGUAACCCCUAUUUUUCACCAAAUCCUACCAGGGAGCUGUCUUUGAGCCUUGGGACAUCCCAACCUUCGGCAAUUAGUUCAGCGAAUGUCAUGGACCAGCAAUCAGAGAUAAGUAACAAUGAGAUGGUAGAUCAAACUUCGUGCGACAGUCAGGACAUCUCUCUGCAGUUCAGGCCUUACAGGCCCAUGCAGUUCUGGGAGUUGAUCUCGGGGUCAAAAUACCUUGGUGCCAUUCAAGAAAUUCUCGCUCAAGUUGCAAGCUACGCACUUGAAAAUCUCGACUCAGUGAGCUAUUUAUCUGGCGGGUUGGGUGCCGGGAUCAGUAACACGGUGUCAUCGAGUUGCCAAGAUGUUUUUAUGGUGGAACCGGUUGGAAAAGUACGAGAAAUCGAAGGGAGGAAAACUCAAUUGCUCAACUUAUUACAAGCGGUCGAUGACCGGUACAAUCAAUGCUUGGACGAGAUCCACACAGUGAUCUCAGCAUUUCACGCUGCCACAGAAUUGGAUCCAAAGAUGCACACUCGCUUCGCACUUCAGACCAUCUCGAUCCUGUACAAGAACCUCCGGGAGAGGAUAAGUAGUCACAUUCUCUCGAUGGGUGAACGGGAGUGCCUCGAUUAUCUAGGGGGGUCAUCAAGUGAGAGGGAGAGGUCUCUCGAGGCCUCGUUGGUCCAGAGGCAGUGGGCCCUCCAGCAGCUCAAGAGGAAAGACCACCAGCUGUGGAGACCCCAGAGGGGGCUACCGGAGAAGUCGGUCUCAGUCCUUCGAGCUUGGAUGUUCCAGAACUUUCUCCACCCAUAUCCCAAGGAUGCCGAGAAGCAUUUACUUGCAUUGAAGAGCGGGUUGACAAGAAGUCAGGUAUCUAACUGGUUCAUAAAUGCUCGAGUACGACUCUGGAAGCCCAUGAUCGAGGAGAUGUAUGCAGAACUGAACAGAAGGAAGGCUCACCGUGGGGAUGAGGAGGAGCGAGCCGAGAUCUUUAAUCGGAGCUGCAGUAGCAUUAGCAGUAGAAGAUUCCGCAUAAAUUAGAUGUCGAGCCAAAGGAAAACACAGAAUUCCCAGUAGAUGCCUCGUUAUUUAGAAUGGUAGCAAGAAACGCAUAUAUUGUUAUAUGUAUGCCGUAGUAAAGCUCUCAGAUGAAUUAUAAAUAGAAUCAAGUUAAUAUCAGCACACUCGAACCUCGUGAUA